AUGUAUAACAUUAGUUCUGAUGAUUCCUUGGUAAUGGAGACUGAACAACCCAACCGUGAAAAUCCAGACAACGUGAACUCAGAAGAGCAAAGUGCCAGCCAAGUUAGAUUCUAUGAUUGCACCUUUUGCAAGAGAGGCUUCUCUAAUGCACAAGCCCUAGGAGGUCAUAUGAAUAUUCAUCGUAAGGACAAAGCCAAGCUUAAACACACAUCAUCAUAUGAGCUUCAACAAUCUCUGGACAUCCCAAAGAUUCUUGCUCCUUCCUUUUCCCCAAUUCCCACAACCAUAACACACCCAUUAAUGGAACCCAAAUCUAGCCAAGACGCAAGAUCCUUCAGAUGGGCUUGGUUUCUUGACAAAGAAAGUGAUGAUGCCUCUAAAAGAAACAAAACCCAUGUUGGAGAAAUCCAGCAACUAUCCCUGUUUGUUGAUAAAACAUCUAGUAAAGAUCAUCCUCAUCAACAACAACCUACCAGUGAUCAAGUUCAUGGCAGCACCGAAAAGGGUUUGUCGUCAUCAAGCCAUGGCUUGCCAAGUUCAGAGCUAGACCUUGAACUUAGACUGGGUCCUGAGCCUCAAGAUCCAUCGCCGGCAACGGGUACAAAAAGAUUCUUUUGAAUUUGCAUAUUCUAUAAUUAUAUUGUUCUGCCCUAGCUCUUCAUCAUUUCCUAAUUAUUUUGAAUGUACCAUGCAUGUAUAUUCACCCAAAAAAAGAUAAUAUAUAGAAUAUGCAAAUUCAGAAGAACCUUAAUUAAUUUUAAGGGUUUCUUUACUAUGGUUCUUUCUUGUUCCAACGUAUGGAAUUUGAUUAUUUUUAUGGUUUUAAUUGAUUGUUUGCUUGUGUUUCAAUGGCGGAAUUUACUUUUUAGCAGGGGACAACAUUUUUUGGACGAGCCAGGUUAAUUGUUAUUUUGUAGGUUUAUGCCGAAUUGUAUGCUUUUCCUAAGUUUGAAAUUACGGUUCGUAUAUAAAUGGGAUGCUGUUGAAACACCUUAACCCUAGAUUAUUGUGAACUCCUCAUCAAACUCUAUAUAUUUUCUAUGGUGUAUGAUCUUCUAGCCAAGCUUGCUUUGUCCCUUCACUCCUUGUGUUUA